UGGAUACUUCUUACCGGAGUUUAGUGUAUACCACAAACAAAAACAGAAAAUUGCAAAAUGUCUUUGCCUCCACUUCCACCGCAGUUAAAAGCUAUCCAACACUAUCUAAAGACGGCAACUGAGCAUGAUAAAAGAGAUCCAGUUGUUGCGUAUUAUUGUAGGCUUUAUGCACUACAGAAUGGUAUGGAGAUUGACAAGAAGUCUCCGGAGUGCAGGACCUUCCAUGUUGCUCUGAUGGACUAUCUUGAAAGGGUGAAGAAAGAGAAUGAUUCAGAAUCAAUUCACAAUGAGGUAGUCGGUCAAGCUCACAUGGAGAAUUAUGCUCUCAAAGUCUUCUUGUUUGCUGAUAAUGAAGAUAGAGCGGCAAGAUUUAACAAGAACGUUGUGAAGUCUUUCUACACAGCUGGCAUGUUGUUUGACACACUGUCUGUGUUUGGAGAAAUGAGUGAAGAUAUUGACAAGAAUAGAAAGUAUGCCAAAUGGAAAGCAGCGUACAUCCAUAAGUGUUUAAAGAAUGGAGAAACUCCCAUCCCUGGGCCCCAGAAUGAAGAAGGGGAAGAAGGUGAUACAGCACAAGGUGGAGCACCUAUAGGGUUUGAACAACCUGACCCCUCACAAGGCUACAGUCCUGCACCGGGUCCAUCGUCAUACCAACCUGGCCCCUCAACCUACCAACCAGGACCAUCAGCAUCUGACUCCCUGAAUCUGCCUGGAAAUGACCCAUCACCAAAUGGUGCUCAGCCAGGGACUCAUGCACCACCAUCUACGCCACAGGAUCCCCAGAAUUCAACAAAACCAGCCCCACAACAAGUUUCAUUUAACACUGACUGGAAACCACCAGCUAAUACAAAUGGAGUUGAUCUAAACACCCAGCACUAUCAAAAGGCCAUGAAGUAUUGUAAAUAUGCAAGUAGUGCUUUACAAUACGAAGACUCAAAGACAGCUAUAGACAAUCUUACAAAAGCUUUAACACUUUUAACGACUGGCAAGGACAGCUAAUCUGUGAUAGACUUGGUGUGUUUAUUUUGUUUUGUAGAGCUCUUAAUAUGUAUCUAGAAUUUACUGCAGUGUGCUUAACCUUUAGUCUGCUGGCGGCAAUUGAUUCUGCCUUUGCGACCAGGUUGAUCGUGGUCUGCACUGUUCGCUAUUCAGUCAGUAAAUUUUCAGUGAACACCCCUUUGAAUAAUAAAUGGUAUUGCCUAAAUUGAACGAUGAACAAGUCCAUUUAAUAAAAUUUAGCAGGCUAAAGGUUAAGGUAGCGUACACGUAAUGACAGUCAGCAAUUUCUGUAUGAUUACGUAUCCUCCAUACUGUAAAAGCACAUAUUUUCGCUGGGUCAGAAUUUUGCGAAUUUGAAAUUUUGAGUAUGUUCGUGAGGUUUAAUAUUCGUGAAAUUGUAAAGGUGGUAACCUACUUGAAUUAGAAUUAUACUAAUUGUGAAUAUUUACGCAGGGAUUAAUUUUCGCGAGAUGUAGGGCCUGGCGAUUAUAGCGAAAAUUAAACCCUAGUGAAAAUUUCUACUUUUACAGUAUGCAAUUUCAGAAUUCUUUGGCCAUAAUGGAUAAUUAUUUUUCAUAACAACAGGAGAACACUGAAAUCGAAUAAUGGAGAAUACGUAAAACAACAGAAUCUGCAAAACGACAUUGUCGGUCUAUUACCUUAAUGGGCAGAGUACAUGUAUACAUAUUGUCUUGUAGUUUUAAUCACACUUCAUGGUAAAGAAUGAUCAAAACAUAUGUGUAGUUGAUCAGAAUUCAUACGAGAGGAUGUGUCAUAUUACCCAGGUCAGGACCAUGAAGCAUGUAUGGUUUCUUUAUUCUAGUUCUUAGGCAGUGAUUAUUAUUAUGGUAAAGAAAAAAAAAACUUAUAUAAAGUAUAUUAGUAAAAAUACUAAAAUGUGAAGACCUUGUUGAUAUGAAAACUGUGAUUUUAUUGUGUUUAUAUGAGUAGUAUGAUACAGGGUUUUAUCUGAUCUGACUGGUAUAGAAGACCAUCAUAUCAUCGUUUUCAUGUGACCAGUCUGCAAAGCUCUGGUUAUUCUAAUUGUAUCUAGUUUUAUUUGGCAGAAUUGUUUCCCCUUAUCUGUUUUGAAAUUAUCCAAGACUUUUUGUGCAAAGUCGGAGAUAUAAAUGAAUUAAAUUUUUGUUAAUGUAUAUGCAUGUCUGUAUUUACUUUAUUUUACACAAUAAAUUUUUUGUAUUUCUCAUUAUAUGUCUGUUUUUGAAUGCCCGUUUUUAAAACAAAUGGACAUAAUAUGGGAUGGCGAUGUCCAUCUGUCCAUCACCAUUUUUGUUUCAGGACUCUAAGAAAGUAUUAUAGCUUUCAAACUUGAUGAUUAAGCACUACUUGAGGAUUCCUAUUGUUUUUAGGGUUAAUAGGUCAAAGGUCAAGGUCAAAGUGACUCUUGAGACUGAAAAUGGUUUCCAGAUAGUUAGUCACAAUAUAUGACAUCUACUGCUUUCAAACUACACAUAAUGAUUGAGUACCACUAGAGGAAUAGGGAUCAAGAGGUCAAAGGUCAAGGUCACAGUGACUCGGAGUCUGGAAAUGGUUUCGAGACUGUAAUUCUUAAAGUAAAAUAUUUACAGCUUUCAAACUUUAUAUGUUUCCUAAGUACCACUAAAAGAAGAUUUCUAUACAUUUUGAGGUUAGUGGCUCAAAGUUUAAGGUCACAGGGUUCCAACUAAAUUUCUGACAUUUUUUUGUUUCCGGGCUCGGUCAGAAAGUAUGAAAGCUACAGCUUUUAAAUUUUACGCAUUGAAUAAUUACUGCUUGAGGAAGAUCAACUGAUUUGGGGUCAGUGGCUCACCCACACCCCAACCAUCUUAUUUUCUCUUCAGUUCAGUUUCUUCAUAUUGCAUCUUAGUAUCCCUGAUCCAGUUCAUGCCCUCCUCCACCCAAUACCCACCUCUCAACAGUUGUUUUUUUUCCGCUUUUUUUUUAAACUUUCAGUUCAGUUUCUUGGUAUUCACAUCCCCGCCCCCAUGCAAAUCCCCAACCUCUUCACCCCUUUUUAAAAAAACAAUAUAUUACUGCCUGUCCCAGUGUGCUUGCGAAUGAGCAUAUUUAUGCCCCAUUAGGAGAAGCUCUUGUUCUAGUGUCAAUGCUAAAUCGUUGUAUUGUAUAAUUAAUGAUUCUGUGAUUUUCUUGAAAUUUCUUUCUCAUAUAAUAUGUUAUACCGCAUGCCUUUUUAUCGUCCAUUCCUAUUGUUGGGAAGCUGUCGUUUAAUUGCAGUUUACUACUAUAGAUAAGAAAGCAAGACCUAAGUUUCAGAAACAAAAGAUGGUCUUUGAUAUCAUAUCAUGUUAGUUGUGUCUGCUUUUUUUUUAGCUCACCUGUCACAUAGUGACAAGGUGAGCUUUUGUGAUCAUGCAGCGUCCGUCGUCCGUGCGUCAGUCCGUCCGUCCGUAAACUUUUGCUUGUGACCACUCUAGAGGUCACAUUUUUUGUGGGAUCUUUAUGAAAGUUGGUCAGAAUGUUCAUCUUGAUGAUAUCUAGGUCAAGUUCGAAACUGGGUCACGUGCUGUCAAAAACUAGGUCAGUAGGUCUAAAAAUAGAAAAACCUUGUGACCUCUCUAGAGGCCAUAUAUUUCACAAGAUCUUCAUGAAAAUUAGUCAGAAUGUUCACCUUGAUGAUAUCUAGGUCAAGUUUAAAACUGGGUCACGUGCCAUUAAAAACUAGGUCAAUAGGUCAAAUAAUAGAAAAACCUUGUGACCUCUCUAAAGGCCAUAUUUUUCAUGGGAUCUGUAUGAAAGUUGGUUUGAAUGUUCAUCUUGAUGAUAUUUAGGUCAAGUUCGAAACUGGGUCAUGUGCGGUCAAAAACUAGGUCAGUAGGUCUAAAAAUAGAAAAACCUUGUGACCUCUCUAGAGGCCAUAUAUUUCAUGAGAUGUUCACCUUGAUGAUAUCUAGGUCAAGUUCGAAAGUGGGUCACGUGCCGUCAAAAUCUAGGUCAGUAGGUCAAAUAAUAGAAAAACCUUGUGACCUCUCUAGAGGCCAUAUUUUUGAUGGGAUCUGUAUGAAAGUUGGUCUGAAUGUUCAUCUUGAUGAUAUCUAGGUCAGUUUCGAAACUGGGUCAUGUGCCUUCAAAAACUAGGUCAGUAGGUCAAAUAAUAGAAAAACUUUGUGACCUCUCUAAAGGCCAUAUUUUUCAUGGGAUCUGUAUGAAAGUUGGUCUGAAUGUUCAUCUUGAUGAUAUCUAGGCCAAGAUCGAUGUGCGGUCAAAACCUAGGUCAGUAGGUCUAAAAAUAGAAAAACCUUGUGACCUCUCUAGAGGCCAUACUUGUGAAUGGAUCUCCAUAAAAAUUGGUAAGAAUAUUCAUCUUGAUGUUAUCAAGGUCAAGUUCGAAAGUGGGUCACAUGUUCGAAAGUGGGUCACGUGCCUUCAAAAAGUAGGUCAGUAGGACAAAUAAUGAAAAAACGUUGAGACCUCUCUAGAGGCCAUACCCUUGAAUGGAUCUUCAUGAAAAUUGGUCAGAAUGUUCACCUUGAUGAUAUCUAGGUCAAGUUUGAAACUGGGUCACGUGCCUUAAAAAACUAGGUCAGUAGGUCAAAUAAUGAAAAAACGUUGUGACCUCUCUAGAGGCCAUACUUUUCGUGGGAUCUGUAUGAAAGUUGGUCUGAAUGUUCAUCUUGAUGAUAUCUAGGUCAAGUUCGAAACUGGGUCAACUGCGGUCAAAAACUAGGUCAGUAGGUCUAAAAUUAUUAAAAUCUCUUGACCUCUCUAGAGGCCAUAUUUUUCAAUGGAUCUUCAUGAAAAUUGAUCUGAAUGUUCACCUUGAUGAUAUCUAGGUCAGUUUCGAAACUGGGUCGCGUGCGGUCAAACUAGGCCAGUAGGUAUAAAAAUAGAAAAACCUUGUGACCUCUCUAGAGGCCAUAUUUUUCAUGAGAUCUUCAGGAAAACUAGUAAGAAUGUUCACCUUGAUGAUAUCUAGGUAAAGUUCAAAACAGGGUCACGUACCUUUGAAAAAUAGGUCAAUAGGUCAAAUAAUAGGAAAACCUUGUUACCUCCCUAGAGACCAUAUUUUUCAAUGGAUCUUCAUGAAAAUUGGUCAGAAUUUUUAUCUUGAUAAUACCUAGGUCAAGUUCAAAACUAGGUCACUAUGUCAGAUAAUAGAAAAAACGAUGUCAUACUCAAAACUGGGUCAUGUGGGAAGAGGUGAGCGAUUCAGGACCAUCAUGGUCCUCGUGUUUAGGCUACAGUGAAAGGAAUAUCCUAACUGAGAAAAUGAAUGAAAACUGAUUUUGCCUUAAUAUCAAUUAUUUGUCAGAACUAAGACAAAUAUAUCAUUAUUUUCUGUUUAUGUUUCCUAUGCAUCAAGUACAUAGCUAUUUUUAUGAGCUUAUUUACUGACAAAACAUUUUAAACUUCAAUAUUUAAGUGACAUAUCACUUAGUAUUUAACCAAGCAAGCCAGACAUUAUUGGUUUGAUCAAAAUGUCACAUUUACAAUUUUCACAUAUAAUUUGCUCAUUUGAUCAUGGUAAUGAAAAAUGAUUUCUCAGUGACUCAUGAUAAUGUCAAAAAUCAGACAGCUUCUACAAUUAAGACUUGCUUUUGCAUAAUUUGAAGGAAUCUGUAAAAAAAAAAAACGGUAUCCUAUGGCGAUAAUAUACAUAUAGUUAAAAGAUGAGGCAAUGGUUUGUAGCCUCACUGUAAAGAAAUACAUGUAUCAGUCAUGUGACAGUUUUUUGUAAAAUUUUGUUUAAAAACGCCUUAAGAGCGUAGAACUUUUUAAUUUGGUAUUCUUGUGUUAAAAGUAUAUACUGUUAAUUUUUAAUAUACUUGUAUCUUGAA